CUGAGCUGGUUGCCUGCAAGGUCAAGGUGCUGCUCGACAAGCUUACGAUAGAGAGAUUCAACUUGAUUUCAUAUCAUAUCAUCCACUGGGUGAAAGAGAAGACGGGCGGACCCUCAUCCGAGUCAUUCGACUGGCAAUCGAGCACGCGACGAAUGGAGCAAGAUGUAUGCACGGCUCUGUUGGAAGAGAACAGAUCAGUCCGGAGGGAACGAUGUGGAAGGAAAACCUAUCACCGGUAGUCAGCUCUUCCGGAGGUAUUUGCUCAGCCUGUGUCAAGAGGAUAUUGACCACGUGCGGCUCUGAAGGGAAAUAUUUCUACGCUGAACAAAAGGCAAAGCGCCUGGGUCUCGGUCUCAUGAUGUUCCUCAGCGAGCUGUUAAAGCGACAGGUAAUCACGGAAUGUGUUAUAUACGAGUGUGUCAAGAAGCCGUUGUGCAACCUCGAGCAUCCUAAGGAAGAGGAGCUUGAGAGCUAUGUGCACAUGGUCGUUUACUUCACGAGCUGGGCAAGGCCUAAAUACCAGCUCUCGUGUGUAGUUCAUAUUUCAAGACGUCAAAUUGAGUUGUGUGACCGUAUAAAACAGAUCAGAUGCAAUGCUAUUGCUACACGAUUGUUACCCUUUGCGAGGUCAUCCCACGUUCCCCUGUAUUUCCUCGUGCAAUGCUCAACAUACGAUCUCGAUCGGGAGUUAACACACGUUUGUUCAUGCCCAAUAAACGCCCAACCUACUGGCACCACAAGUUCUACCAAGUCCCAGACUCCGCUCCCUUCGUAGUCAGUUUGGGCAGAGGGCCUGCCGUAGAGCAGAUCAUCGUAGCUCUUUCACCGCAAUCGCAGUCUCCCACUCCUAUUGAUAUUGGAUCUCCAAAAGCUAGUUCUCAAUUGAGACGUCGAAGGGCGUGUCCUUAAGGGAUAUCUGG